AUGAAAGAAUCUAAUCAUCAUUACAAACUCUUGAGUUUUGGAAUUGUGGAUUGUAUCGGAGUUUUAGAUGGCUUGCAAAUUCCUGCUCACCUUCCUACAAAACACCAGUCUCGGUUUCAUAACAAGAAAGGCAUACUUACUCAGAAUGUGCUUGCAGCUUGCACUUUUGAUUCACAGUUUAUAUUCGUCUAUCCGGGAUGGGAAGGCUCUGUUGAGGAUUUACACAUCUUAAGAGCAGUCCUAGACGAUCCAAACCAGAAUUUCCCACAAGCUCCCAAAGGAAAAUAUUAUCUUGUCGAUAGAGAGUACACAAACACACAAGGAUUCAUUGCUCCAUACCCUGGAACAAGGUACUGUCUCCACGAGUUUCGUGGUGCAAGCCAAAUGCCACAGAACGCACAUGAGCUUUUUAAUCACCGGCACAUGUCUCUAAGCAACGUUAUUCAAAGAUCAUUCAGCAUGCUGAAAACCCGGUUUCCAAUCCUGAUAUCGGCGCCUCAGUAUCCGUUCCAUGUCCAGAGGGAUCUAGUGAUUGCUACUUGUACUUUACAUAACUUCAUUAAAAGGGAAGACGGGGUUCAUGACUGGCUCUUUGCUGCUUGUGCUGAAGUAUGUUGGUCUAGUGGAGCAACCGUAUGGACAAGAGGAAGAAGAACUGGAAUUGCUGCACUUGAAUUCUACGCCUACAGAUGUUGUUGCUGAUUCUCUACGAGACUCCAUUGCAUUUAAUAUGUGGGAUGACUUCAUGCACAAGUGGGACGAAUGGUAAUUAGUUCACUAAGUGGAGAGUCAUUCUGGUAAUUAGAAUGAAUGUUCCAUUGAGUUUCUUUUAGAUAAGAAACAGAUUUGUGUUAACUUGAAUUUGGAUUGGCUUCUCUUUAGAAAGGAUGAUUGCAGUUGAUUGCAGUUUCAGUCUUCAUGUAAAAAUUCAUCGAACUGACCACUUGUAAUGAAAUUGAAGUAAGAUGGAACUCAAGAGAA